AUGAGUAGUGAAUCAGAAUUAUCCAACGCUUCUACACCUAGUCCUAAGCAGCAACGAGCCACUACCACCAAACUCCAGAAAGCAAGUCUUGCUCGUAUCGUCAAGGCGCAAGUGACCUUGCUCAUAUCCAACCUCAAUAACGACAAUUUUACCCGAAAAUCCACAGAAAUCCACUCUUUGAUCGAAACGCAUGGAGAGGAUAUCCGUGAACAUUUGUUUCGUUACCUACUUUCCGACAUCUACAAAUUAAACCUGAUUAAAGACGAAAGCUCUCCUCAUUUCCGAUUGUUGAAAGAGAAUGCAGUAUUUUCUACGCAGGACAAUAAGAAAUUGGAAGCCAUGAUCAGCUUUAGCUUGGCUCUGCAGCAGUUUUCCAAGUCGGAUGUAGCCUCCAAAGCUGAUAUUUGCCAUUUGUUUGACAGACUUGAACUGGAUCCAUUUGACAAGAUAGUAUUCACGUUGCCUCUAUUCUCCGGUGUCAAGGGCGAAAUCAGUGAACAAGCCAAAAGUGUCUUUGGAGCCAACCUGCAAAACGCCAUUGCUUACAUGUCAACCAUCGAGUCUAUCCCUGACAAAGUGCUGCAAUACCUGCUGGACGCGAUUGCACAUGCAUUGAGCGAGGAUUCAUACCAGUUUGAUUAUGAGAAGCUUCAGCGCCUCAUCACACUAGCUUCAGAACGAUUCAUGUUGGAUACAUCCGUGGUGGAUCAGCUGCAACGGCUGCUCAGCAUCAAGACGAAGCAGCAUGGUGGACACCUGUCCAAAGACGAUGAUCAGCAAUUCAAGCAAAGCAUAAUUGAAAUGUACAACAACAAUCCUGCCUCGGUUACACGAAUUCUAGAUUUGACAAAAGAAAUCCAUGCUCUUCCCCAGAUUUUGGAUUCGCUGCCGCCUUAUUUAGCGUUGGAUUUGGCCUCUCUCGCGGAUCAUCAAAAGGCGAUGCAUUUGGAGUCGUGGUUGCAGGAGAAACUGAAGAAUCCAGAGCAAAAGGAAGUGUUUGCCAAUCAGUGUCUACUGUAUCUGAACCAGAAAGUGUCCAUUGAAGCUCAACGCCAAGAAGGCUCGCAACAGUAUCUGCCGAUUCCACUGUCACUGGAAGCCAUGAGCACAUUUCUCAGAGUCUUAUCAGACAGUCCCAUCUCUCCUGCAUUGAUCAAUACAACCAAGGAAGUGCAGAAUCGCUGUCUCCAGACCUUCCCCAAGCUGAUGAAUGUGCGCACCCAGGCAGCCCCUGGAUCCACUGGAUCUGAAGUCUCAUUCAAGCCUGACGUGGAGGAAGAAGCCAACCUGUAUUACGAGCGAAUCUACAACGGAGAGCUUUCAACCGAUGUCAUGAUCGAUCUGCUAAAGAAACUCAGCGCCUCCAAAGAGCCUCGCGAACAAGACGUCUUUGCUUGCAUGGUCCACAACCUGUUUGACGAAUACUCGUUCUUUCCAAAGUACCCAGACAAGGAACUCUCCAUCACCAGUAUCCUGUUUGGCUCGUUGAUUCAGCACCGAUUGGUGUCCUAUGUUCCUUUGGGCGUUGCGUUGCGCUACGUGUUGGAUGCACUGCGAAACCCCAUGGGCUCCAAAAUGUUCAACUUUGGUGUGCAAGCACUACGCCAAUUCCAAAAUCGGUUGAGUGAAUGGCCACAAUACUGCUCUCAUUUAUUGCAGAUUCCUGAUCUCGUGCAGUCUCAGCCUGAUCUAGCUGCGUUUAUACAAAAUGCAAUGAACCAUCAGGAAGUGCAAGUGAAGCCAGGCGAGGAUUUGGACCCCAAUGCCAACAACAGCAACCGAGCGACUCUUGAGCCAUUCACCAGUAUACAGGUGCCUCAGGUACCAGCCACUGCGGAUGUGGUGUAUUCAGAGCCUGCUGACGCGGUGCAGGACAAGAUAUUGUUCAUCAUCAACAACGUUGCUCAGAACAACAUUGACAGUAAAGUAGCAGACCUGUUGCAGGUAUUAAAACCUCCCACCUUCAAGUGGUUCAGCAAUUAUUUGGUGGUCAAGCGUAUCUCUUCAGAGCCCAAUUACCACGAUCUCUACAUCCUAGUCUUGGAUUCUGUCAAAUCGAAACUUCUCAAUGAACAUGUUCUUUGCGAAACGUACGCCAACAUUUCCAUCUUGUUGAACUCUGAAAAGACAGUAUCCAAUUCAUCCGAGCGAUCGUUGCUGAAGAAUCUAGGUUCCUGGCUGGGUAGAAUGACGCUGGCAAAGAACAAGCCUAUUUUGCACAAGCAUAUUGCGUUCAAGGCAAUGAUUCCAUUUGUAUGCAAGGUGCUAGAACAGUGUAGUCAGAGCAGCGUCUUUAAGCCGCCCAAUCCUUGGUUAGUGGCUAUUCUGAGAUUGAUGGUGGAAUUGUACGACUUUGCAGAACUCAAGCUCAACCUCAAGUUUGAAAUUGAAGUACUAUGCAAAACUCUGUCGUUGGAUUUGAAGGACAUCAAGCCCACCUCUGUGCUGAAGAAUAGACAGCCUCAGAACCAACCAUCCAGAAACACAUUCGCAGCACAUGGUGCAGGCUAUCCAGGACGCGCUGCUGCGGGAGGUAAUCCCUUGUUACAGAAUGCUGAUGUGGACGGACAAGCAGACAUUGCAGAGGCUCCUAUUCCAGUCCCCAAUCUCGCUCCAUACAUUGCAUUCAACCCGCAAAUUCCUCUCUAUACAAACCAACCUGCAGCAAGACGAUUGGUACUUCAAGCAUUCACUGAGUCCAUACGUGAGAUCAUCGGCCCAGUGGUUGAACGUGCUGUUGCUAUUGCUGUUGUGUCGACUCGUGAUUUAGUAUCCAAGGAUUUCGUUAUGGAAGCAGAUGAAAACAAGAUGCGUAAGGCUGCUCAUAUGAUGGCCCAAAAUUUGGCUGCAAGUUUGGCCAUGGUCACUAGUAAGGAACCUUUGCGACUGAGCAUUGUCAACAAUCUACGAACUAUCUUUUUGGCGCAUGGCAUGAAUGAAAGUAUGGCAGAGCAAGCCAUCAUAUUGACAGUAGCUGAUAAUUUGGAUCUGAUGUGUGCAGUGAUUGAGAAGGCUGCCAUGGAAAAAGCUACGCUGGAGAUAGAUGAAGUACUGGCAAUGGCGCUUUUGAAUCGUAAGAAGCAUCAUGAAGUACGACCCAAUCAGCCCUAUAUCGACAUGGAUACGUAUCAAAUGUCUGGAUUUGCCAACACAUUACCAGCCCUUCUUCGCCCUAAACCAAGCGGUUUGCAACCUUCUCAGUUGAGCGUGUACGAAGACUUUAUGCGAAUUCCACGAGCAGCACCUUCGGCCGCGUCUACAACACCCAUGAUGGAUCGUGCCAUGGCACGCGUGGACCCAGGUUUCCACUAUGGCAGCAACUCGCCUCUUGCAACCUCUACUGCAUUUGACAACAGCUUGGUGGGAAAUCAGCAACAACAAUUGCCUCAAGCAAGCGCCCAUGUGAUUUUGGAACGAUUUGCUCACUGUAUCACAGAACUCGAAAAGCUGACAAGUCAAACCAACAUCAACACCGUCAAUGCACUUCCACAGCACAGCGAUAUACGUACGUUGAUUCGACAAGUGCCCAUGCUUGCAUUUUCCAGCUUUGAUAAAGCGGAAGCAGCAAGAACUUUUGCCCAAAAGAUUGUGCAGUUGUUAUACAAGAGUGAGAAACAACUCACCAUUGAAGCGUAUGUGGUCAUUCUGGAGCAUCUCUGCGAACUAUCUCCCACCGUCGGCUCAUUGGUGACCUCCUGGCUUACGCACGCAGAUGAUGAACGCAAGUACAAUGUGCCCGUGACAGUGGCACUCAUCAAGGCAGGUUUGAUCGACCUCCCAGAGCAAGAUCAAGAAUUAUCUAUCUUGAUUGAAAGUGGUCGCACCAGUGCAAUUGAGUUUACAGCAAGAUUGAUUCGUGCUUGUUUAUUUGGUGAACAUCCUCUGGCUACGCGUCAUGAAUUUAUGGCUUCACUAGAGGCUUUGAGCAAUUUGCGAGGCAACAAGCUUCCGGAAUCUGUAUUGGCUUUGAUGGAGGAUAUGCGCACCAUACUUAGCUCUCAUCAUCAGCAACAGCAACAGCAGCACUUGAUGCGUGACAAUCAAACGCAAGAUAACAGUAAAGACGCUGCUCUGCGUGAACAGUUCCAGUUCUUUUUUGCUGAAUGGGUCAGAUUGUAUCAACACCCUGCUACGACAGAGAAGACAAUGUUGGCAUUUGCAACACAGUUAUCUCAGCAAAGCAUUCUCAAAAUAGACGGCAUGCUGGCUUUGUUCUAUCGUGUCUGUAUUGAGGUGUCUGUGGAGCAUGCCAUCAAAUCCAAAAUGAUGCCUGGUCAGUCGCCUGCUCUUGGAUAUCACCCUAUUGACGCGCUGUCCAAACUCGUUAUGUGCUUUGUUCGAAUGCCACCUACUUCACCCGAAAAUGACCAAGCAGAUGCAUUAGCUUACUUCACAAAUGCUCUGUCUGUUGUCGUGCUGUGUAUAUCUCAGCAUCACGAAGUGCGUGGUCAACAUUUCGACCAGCGUCCCUUCCUUCGCCUUUUUACAUGUCUCUUGUCAGACCUCCAUUCUGCUGAACAACACAUUCAACCUCUCUAUAUUCCUCUGUUAACUGCUUUCAGUAACACUUUGUAUACUUUGCAACCAACACACUAUACAGGCUUCACAUUUGCCUGGCUCCAACUCGUGUCACAUAGAUUUUUCAUGCCUCAAUUAUUGUUGGCAGAAAACCAAAAGGGAUGGCCCACCUUUCAGAGACUGUUGGUUUGCUUAUUCCAAUUCCUUGUACCAUACUUACGCAACGUAGAGCUCCAUGAUACCACUCGCAUGUUGUACAGAGGCACACUACGUGUACUGCUGGUCUUAUUGCAUGACUUUCCUGAGUUCCUUUGUGAUUAUCACUAUAGCUUCUGUGAUGUUAUUCCCGCAACCUGUAUUCAAAUGCGCAACUUGAUUCUUAGUGCCUUCCCUCGUAACAUGCGCUUACCGGAUCCCUUCACUCCCAACCUCAAGAUUGAUUUAUUGCCUGAAAUUCACCAAUCGCCUCGCAUACUAUCCGACUUUGCUGCAAUUAUUGACAAUUGCGGGCUCAAAAAAGACCUGGAUCAAUACUUUAACACAUCAAGGGCGCCAUCAAGUCGAUUCUUGAACGAUCUGCCUGGCCGCCUGUUAAAUGAAAGCAAAGACUACAAUGUUCCGUUGAUGAAUGCUGUGGUGUUCUAUUUGGGCAUCAGCACUAUAUCCAAAAAGACGACGUUUCAUCAAGGUCCUGCUAUGGAAAUCUAUCAAUAUUUGUUGUCGGAAUUAGGCUCUGAAGGUAAAGGAAAUACAACAUUCGGCAUGCAAUGGAUUAACAUCUCGUUCAAAUUACAAGGUCGCUACUUAUUCCUGAGUGCUAUCGCAAAUCAAUUGCGCUAUCCUAAUAGCCAUACACAUUACUUUAGUUGUGUCUUGCUCUAUUUGUUUGUCGAAAGCAAGAAGGAUAUCGCAAAGGAACAAAUCACUCGUGUGCUGUUGGAACGUUUGAUUGUCAAUAGACCACAUCCUUGGGGUUUGCUGAUCACGUUUAUUGAACUAAUCAAAAACCCACAUUACAGCUUUUGGAGUCAUUCGUUCACUCGUUGCGCCACAGAUAUCGAACGUUUAUUUGAAAGUGUUUCAAGGUCUAUCAAUCAAAACUAA